CGAGAGCACAGAUCGAAUUUGAAAGUCAAGGAAGUCGCAUCGCAACUCAGCCUUAAAAGCAGAACUUAAAAAAAAGAAAAGGAAUAAAAUAAAAUACUUUUGCAAGUCAUACAAGUUCAUUCAACCUAACCAAAAAAAAAAGAAAUAUUUUAACCCUGUCGAAAAUCUAACCUAAAAAGUCAAAGUCAAAAUGGCGCUAUCAACACUUCUUUCGCUGGUGGACGAACUCCAGGAGCCACGCACCCCCAUCUACGAAUUUGGAUUGGGAAUGCAUCCGCAUUCCAGCUUGCUCCUGCCGCAUGGACAUCAGCAUCGCCGCUCGAUCAACGGGUGUCCUUGCGCCUCGCCCAUUUGCCCUUCGUCGACCGUCGGCCAGGUUAUGGCCCUGCGUCGCGAGAUGUCCAAGCACAACGACAUACACUGGCCAGCCACCGCCCAUGUGGGCAAGGAUGGCUUCCAGGUGUGCAUGGACGUGGCCCAGUUCAAGCCGAGUGAACUCAACGUCAAGGUGGUGGACGACUCGAUUCUGGUCGAGGGCAAGCACGAGGAGCGCCAGGAUGACCAUGGCCAUAUCAUGCGCCAUUUUAUCCGGCGCUACAAGGUUCCCGAGGGCUACAAGCCGGACCAGGUGGUCUCACAGCUGUCCUCCGAUGGCGUCCUGACCGUCAGCAUCCCCAAACCGCAGACCAUCCAAGAUAAGUCCAAGGAGCGGGUCAUUCAGAUCCAGCAAGUGGGUCCCGCUCAUCUCAAUGUAAAGUCGAAUGACAGCGAGACGAAGGACAAGGAAAAUGGAGCCGCCAAGGAGAAUGGAGCAGCCAAGAAAUAGAGGAACCUUUGCCAGGAUCAUCUUAGCAUUGUACUCUCCAAAUCACCCAUCAUUCCCACACAUCUAUGUAUGUUCCUUAUUUAUUGCAUUGCAUUUGUAACGAGCUAAAGACUUGAAGAAAACCUAUUAAAUCAUUUGUACACCUGGUGUGAAAAAUUUAAA